AGAAACAAAUCCACGAUGAAUUCCAAACAUGAAUGUGUGGAAUUAAAUGAUGGUCACUUCAUGCCUGUACUGGGCUUCGGCACCUAUGCACCGGAUGAGGUUCCCAAGAGUCAGUGUACAGAGGCCACCAAAUUAGCCAUUGAUGCUGGGUUCCGCCAUAUUGAUGCUGCUUACAUGUACAGAAACGAAGAGGAGGUGGGGCUGGCCAUUCGCAGCAAGAUCGCAGAUGGCACUGUGAAGAGGGAGGACAUAUUUUACACUUCGAAGCUCCCCAGCACUUGUCUUCGACCAGACCUGGUUCGACCUUGCUUGGAAGAGUCGCUAAAGAAACUUCAAUUGGACUACGUUGAUCUCUAUAUUAUUCAUUUCCCAGUACCAAUGAAGCUAGGGAAAGAUUUUGCUCCACUAGAAGAGAACGGAAAGCUUGUAUUGGAUCAGGUGGAUCUCUGUGAUACUUGGGAGGCCCUGGAGAAGUGUAAGGAGGCAGGGCUGGCCAAGUCCAUCGGGGUGUCCAACUUCAACAGAAGACAGCUGGAGAAGAUCCUCAACAAACCAGGGCUCAAGUACAAGCCCGUUUGCAACCAGGUAGAAUGUCAUCCUUACCUGAAUCAAAGAAAACUGCUGGAUUUCUGCAAGUCCAAAGGCAUUGUUCUGGUUGCUUAUGGUGUCUUGGGAACUCAAAGAUACAAAAAUUGGGUGGAUGAUAAAUCUCCAUUUCUCUUGGAUGAUCCAGUGCUUGGUGCCAUGGCCAAAAAGUACAAUCGAACUGCGGCCCUGAUUUCCAUUCGCUACCUGCUGCAGUGCGGGAUUGUGGCCCUUGCCAAGAGCUUCAAUGAGAAGCGGAUUAAAGAAAACAUGCAGGUCUUUGAAUUCCAAUUGACACCAGAGGAUAUGAAAACCCUAGAUGGCCUGAACAGAAAUUUUCGAUACGUUACUGCUGAUCGGAUUGCUGGCCACCCCGAGUAUCCCUAUUCUGAUGAAUAUUAACUUGGAGGCCUUUGCCCCGACUUCUACUAGGAGUAUCUCCUUAUCACGAGGGAUAGGGAGAUGUUUCAGAAGUGAUGAACAACUAUCACUUGUGUUCAGUCCAUGCCCUUGAUCACCUUGUACCUGCAUGUUCGGAAGGGAAGACUAAAUUUCUGUGCAUUGUGAGAAACAAAAUAAAGUUGCUUUCUCUAUGGAUUCUUACUGACUACUGUCUCUGUUACUUGCAUGGUUUCCUUCUGACUCAUUAAAAUGAAAAAAAAAAAUACCAACCUUACCAGAAAUCUGUGGUCAGAGUUUUAAAGAUGGUAGCAAUCACUUAGUGGACACGAGAAGGCACGGGAGCGAGAAUUCUCAAGCUGUGACCCUGCGGCAGAUUUGUCCGCAGAUUUGUAUCAGUUAGUGUUCCUUUAGCUCACCGGGAAACAAGACAACACUCUGCAUGUGUUCUGUCUGGUAAGGCACACUCAGAAAAGCGGAUCAUCAGUCUAGAGACUCCCUGGAAGCAGCUCAAGUGUAAAAUUCCAGAAAGGGGAGACUUUGAGAUUUGGCCCAACAGACAAGAAGGGACCCAGGCUGAUGGAUGGUAAGGUGUCAGAUAGGAGAGAUUCACAAGGAGAAGCUGAGCAUGUCUCUGCUUGAGAAAUACUGCGUUAGGGCUCUUCUGAUGAUUACAUUCUACAGACCAAAGGGAAAUGUCUACAUUUUUAUUCAAGAGCUAAAGCUGA